UCAUGGGGAACCCCCAUUCAUCCAGACAGACGAGAGAGAGAGAGGGAUGAUACUCUGGAGUGGUGGUGGAACAGCCAUGGUUGUUCCUCGGAGACCUUCAUGGAGGACGCCCAUGUGCUUGGCUUCCAACGUCAACACAGAGGAGCUACGUGCCCAGCUCGGUCAGCUCCACUCUGAGGCUGGGACCGCCAGAGCCAAAGCAAACAAUGCAAGAUUGAGGCUUUUGCGACUCUCAGAGGCAGCCGAGAAGCUGAAACGGCAAGCAGCUAUUAAUGUCCAAACUGGGAAGGAAGACGAUGCGAGGGAGCUGCUCUUUCAGAAGAAAAAGGUCAUGGAAGCAUUGGAGAAGUCAAAGCACCGCAUAGAAUUUCUCGAUGAACUUUCCACAAAGCUUAAUGAGGCAAUUUCUCUGAAAGAAGGGCAGCUAAUCGGGAAUGUUUCUUUGGAUCUUGAAGUUGUCAGAGAAGAUGCUUUUAGUCCAGUUCGAAUUGUAUCACCCGCAGCUGAAGUUGCAGAAAAUUUGGAGGUGGGCAAAGAAUUUGUCUCAAAUGAUCUGAAAGAAGAAACACCGCUUCUUAAAGACAAUCAAGCAAGCUUACCUGUUGAGCCAGAAGGGGAGGACCUUCGAGAACCUUUAAACAGGGGAGCUUGGAAUGAAGAUGAGACAAUUAGUAGCUUGAAGGGAAUAACAUCUUUCGAUAGUUUCUUAGAACAUGGAUCAUCAACUCAAAAAAAUUGAAGCAGAACUUAUCACCAUAUUGAGGAUCUCAACCUUGGUAGUGGACAGCCAGGAGAAAUCAAGAAAUUUUAAAGUGCAAAAAACGAUGGAACUUCUUGAUAGUGUCUCAGGCGUUAGAGAGAGGAUUUCAAGCAUCAAGAUGGCAAAUGUGGAGGCCAGAUAAGGCUUAGUUGUUUUAUUCAAUCUCUAGAAUCCGUUAAUAGCAAACAUCCCCAUACGAUGCAAAGAGAUGGGCAAAAUUUAAAGUUUCGGCUGUAGCUCCAGUAUCGAUACACCUAUGCACCUCUUCAAUCUAGGAAUGCAUCUUCGCUUUGGUGUUAAAAGAUACACUACUUAUUCAUGGUAACUAGUUUUGUUUAAUUUGACUAUCAUGUUGCCAUCAAUAGAUGUCAUAUUAUCACUCAUUUUUUUCAUGCUUUUUCUUUUCAUGUACCUAUUUUUCACCCAUUUUUGGAUCAAACAGUUAUACCGCGGGAUAAAAAGAGAAUGUAAAACAAUAUUUUACAGUGUAAUGGAGAAACUAAUCAACAUUUGACUGA